AUGGGAGACGUGAAUCUGUCCACUGCGACGGGAGACCAAGCCCAAUCUGGACUAGCGCAAUCACCCGCUAAUUUGAAACGCCCAAAACCUCCAUCAGAUCAAUGCGGCCAACCUGAGGCCGCCUCUCCACCACAGUACCGCGCAGUUGUACCUCCGCUCCCACUUGCUCAAAGACUCAAAGGACGUGGUUCCGAAUCUGUCAUCCUCAGACCUCUCAGCCCAACCAACCCAUUCCCACUCACACAACAUCCGCCCACCACCACUAUCCCACCAUUCGUACCCAUCACCCCCUUGCUCCUGCUGCCAAUACCUUACUCUAGGGGCCCAGGCAAUCAGCAGAGCACGGGCGACGAGACACUGCACCACAUUGGACCGCAACAGCAACUGGAGCUAGGAACUGGGGACUGGAAACCCGACCUGGCUGGCCUGACCUGGAUCUUUCCCAAGCACCCAAGCAAGUUGAAGCAACCACAGAGACUCAGGCGCUUCCACUCUCUGUAUCCUCAGAUCCUAAGGACACACCCUCAUGCACGCCAACUGCAUCAGCCUGCGUCCUGCAACAGCGUCCCCAAAUCCAGCGACAACUCCAACCUCGACUUGCAAUUCUCUGUCGGCAACCUAGCACUACUCAAUCGACACUCCCAAACGAUAUCCAUUUCGCAAUACCUCUUGGCCCACGAAGGCUUGUUCGAGAUACACGCUAUCGCCCACCACUAG